AUGACCACUAGAUACCGAGUUGAGUAUGCCCUCAAGACCCAUAGAAGGGACCAGUUUAUAGAAUGGAUAAAGGGCCUCCUAGCUGUUCCAUUUGUGCUGCGCUCACAGCCUACGGGUGUCUUCGAAGCACGAGGCACCGUGGCCGACAUGGCAGCUGAAGCCUGCAGGCGUUAUGCCGAGAUUAUGAAAGAUGUCGAGGAAAUGAUAGAUGAUCACAUCAACCACCAAGAUGAGGGCCUGCAACACCAAUCAAAGCUCAAGCUUCUGGUUCCUAGCAUUGGUAACUUUUUUACUCGACUCCCUUUGGCAGAGGCAUUCAGAUACCAGGAUAGCCUACGAUUCAUCUCAUCAAGACGCUUUGUGCCGCCCUCGUUUAACGACAUCCGCCUUAUCCUAAAUACCGCUCAGAUCAUGGGGGUUGCAGCAGCCGGCGCCUUAGAUUUGGCUACGUUCGAUGGCGAUGUGACUCUGUAUGAUGACGGGAAGAGCCUGGAACCGGAUAAUCCUGUCAUCACGCGAAUCAUAGACCUCAUGAGCCGAAACACAAAGGUUGGUAUUGUCACGGCAGCUGGCUACACGGAGGCCGAACGCUACUUUGAACGCUUAUAUGGUCUUCUUGAAGCCAUCAGAGACUCCAAAGUUCUCACUAUCGAACAAAAACAUAAUCUCGUUGUCAUGGGGGGCGAAUCAAACUUCCUCUUCGAGUAUUCCAUCUCUUCGCCUCAUUUACUUGAAUGGGUCCCACGCCGUUCCUGGAUCCUCGAUGAUAUGCUCACCUGGUCGGAGCCCGUCAUUCAAGCGCUGCUCGAUAAAUCCGAAGCCGCCCUCAAUGAAUGCAUCACCCAUCUCUCCCUCUCUGCCCUUGUUAUCCGGAAAGAACGGGCAGUCGGAAUCGUACCCACUAUUCAGGGUGCUAAGUUUCCACGCGAGUCCCUGGAGGAGACAGUACUUGUUGUGCAGAAGAUUCUUGAGAUGUCCCCUGUCUCAAAGACUCUCCCCUUCUGUGCUUUUAACGGUGGCAACGACGUCUUUGUUGAUAUUGGGGACAAGAGCUGGGGAGUCCUAGUCUGCCAAAAAUAUUUUGGGGAUAGGCUUGGUAGGAGUAUUGAGGGGAAGAGAACGAUGCAUGUUGGCGACCAGUUCCUGUCAGCGAAUGGCGCAAACGAUUUCCGCGCGAGAAGGGUUGCUACUACAUUGUGGGUAGCAAACCCGGACGAAUGCGUGACGUUAUUAGACGAGGUAGCAGAGUUUAUGAGGGCAGCGGAACGGAAGAGGGUUUGA